AUGGCGGAUCCGUGGCGCGGAGCGGAGCCGCUGUGGCGGACGCCGCCCGGCCGCCUGGCCCCGCCGCACGUCUACCGCAUGGCGGGGGCGCUGGGCGCCGAGCUCCGUCGCCUCUCCGCCCGCUUCGGGCCUGAGGCCGUGGCCGGCCUGGUGCCGCCCGUGCUGCGUCUGCUGGAGCUGCUGGAGGCGCUGGUGGCUCCGGUGGCAAGCGCCGAGGGGGAGGCGGCGACACCGGCAGCGCCGGCCGGCCGUCAGGAGGCGGAGGACCCAGAGCAGAGGCUGUGGGAGGCUGAGCGCCGGGAGCGAUCCCUGCAGGGCCGCCUGGCUUGCCUGGAAGAGCAGAACCAGCAGCUCCUGGGGCAGCUUGCAGAGAGCCAGUCCCAGGAAGGUGGGUGUCCCAGGAAGGUGGGGGUCCCAGUAAACACAAAGGCCCUCUUGGUCUGCAAACCACAGAGACCCCAAACCACCAGAGCACCCCCCAGGAGGGAGCGGGAGGUGAUGCUGCGGCUGAAGGAGGUGGUGGACAAGCAGAGGGAUGAGCUUCGUGCCCAGGCCCAUGAGAUCGUUUGCAAGAGCAGAGACACAGAGGCACUGCAGGAGCAACUGCAUCGCUUCAUGGCCAUGAAUGAGGAUCUGCGUCACAAGGUGGCCGUGGUGCAGGCUCAGCUCAAGAGUGCCCUGGAGAAGAAGUCAGACCUGGAAGCUGCAAUGCUGCAAACCCAGAAGGAAAUGAGCAAGAGGAGCAGGGCUACCUCUGAGAGCCAGUGCCCAAAGCCCAGCCUGGAAGGAGCACCGUCACCCGCAGAGGAGCCGCAGCACCGGGAUGGGGAUGUGGGCAAGGACCCUGCUCACUGCUGCUUCUCCAAGGAAGACCUGCAGCAGAUCCUGCAGGAGCGGAACGAGCUCAAGACCAACCUGUUCCUGGUGCAGGAGGAGCUGGCCUAUUACCAACGGGAGCUGCUGAACGAAGAGAGAGUUCCCAGCUUCUUCUUGGAUGCAAUGAAGUCAACCAUCAAAAGACAGAGAAAAAAAAUCAGAGCCAAAAUGCUGGGAACGGUGGAGGAGCCGGCGAGCAGCGAUGAAGAAGAGGGCUCCUGGCUCCCAGCUCAUGGCACAGACUCUGUGGAUGCUCAGCCUCCUGAAUCCAAAAUUAGGAGCUUUUUUGGGCUGUGGUAUCAGGGCAGCAGCAAAGACCCCCCCACAUCCAGCUGUGCCGGAGCCUGGGAAAUCAUUGACUCCCUGGACACACAGCUGGAGCCCGAGGGAGAGAGUGAGCCAGCAGCCAGCUCCCUGGACAGAGCCACCCUGCACUGCUGAC